GGCCCGUAUAACAAAAUGAGACUAAAGGGGCACACCAGUCCAGAGGCAAGGACUAGAAGGCAGGAGGGGACAGUAAAACUGCUAAUAGGGAAUCUAGGGAAUCCACGGCUGAGAAGGGAGAGGGUUGACAUGUCAUGGGGUUAGUAACCAAUGUCACAAAACCAUAUGUGUACCAAUUGUUUAAUGAGAAGCUAGUUUGUUCUGUAAACCUUCAUCUAAAGUACAAUAAAAAUAUUUAAAAACAACCCUGUAAAAUAAAAAAAAAAGAAUUUCUUCAACUGUCAGUGUGUUUUGGACUGGGGAGGGGUCAUGUGGUUGGCUCAUUAAUUCUACUUUGAGAGUUGUGCAGACUUCUGAACAAUGUCAACAGCAGCAUUGUCCACUUAAGUCAACUCAGUCAUGUACUUCCAGCUGUCAGUUUUCUUGCACAACAUCCUUUCUGAAUGCUGUAUUGUGUAAUGUAUUCGUGAUAAAAUAUAAAUAGCGAGUAGAUGGCAGUGCUUUAAUAUAAAAGUUUUUCCAGUGAUGCGAAAUAUAAGAGUCUGAGUUUGUUUUUUCAAAGAUCACUAAAUUUUAGCUAUGAUCAGAUCACAUUUUCCAAAAUAUGUGGCACUUUUUGCCCUCUUUGUCCUGAGCGUUGGUUCCACACAAAGUCUGGACACUUUUAUUGCUGCAGUGUAUGAGCAUGCUGUUAUAUUACCAAACAGCACAGAGACACCUGUAUCAAAAGGAGAUGCUGUGCGCCUAAUGAACAAGAACAUAGAUGUUUUGGAAAAAGCAGUAAAGCUGGCAGCUAAGCAGGGCGCACAUAUCAUUGUGACUCCAGAAGAUGGAAUUUAUGGUUGGGUUUUCACAAGGGAGACCAUUUACCCCUACCUGGAGGAUAUCCCAGACCCGAAAGUGAACUGGAUUCCAUGUAGAGACCCCCAAAGGUUUGGUCACGCCCCAGUGCAAGAAAGGCUCAGCUGCCUGGCCAAGGACAAUUCUAUCUACAUUGUGGCAAAUAUCGGGGACAAGAAACCAUGCAAUGCCAGUGACCCUCAGUGCCCCGCUGACGGCCGUUACCAGUACAACACUAACGUGGUGUUCGAUUCUGAAGGUAAACUGGUGGCACGCUACCAUAAGUACAAUCUUUUUGCACCUGAAAUUCAGUUUGAUUUCCCCAAGGAUUCAGAAGUUGUAACUUUUGAGACUCCCUUUGGGAAGUUCGGCAUUUUCACUUGCUUUGAUAUUUUUUCUCAUGACCCGGCUGUGGUUGUGGUGGAUGACUUUCAAGUUGACAGCGUACUCUACCCGGUGGCCUGGUACAACACGCUGCCCCUCCUCUCGGCUGUUCCCUUCCAGUCGGCAUGGGCCAGAGCCAUGAGAGUCAAUCUCCUAGCUGCAAACACCCACAACACCAGCAUGCACAUGACAGGGAGUGGAAUCUAUGCACCGGAAGCAGUCAAGGUGUACCAUUAUGACAUGGAAACGGAAAGUGGCCAGCUGAUGCUAUCAGAACUGAAGUCCCAGCCUCGCCGUGAACCCACCUACCCGGCAGCUGUUGACUGGAGCGCUUAUGCCAGAAGUGCCAAACCAUUCUCAUCUGGGCAGUCAGAUUUUCCAGGAAUGAUUUACUUUGAUGAAUUCACUUUCACUGAGCUUAAGGAAAACACAGGAAAUUACACAGUUUGCCAAAAAGACUUGUGUUGCCACUUAACUUACAAGAUGUCUGAGAAGCGAAAAGAUGAGGUGUAUGCACUCGGUGCUUUCAAUGGGCUGCACACAGUAGAAGGCCAAUAUUACUUACAGAUAUGCACAUUACUGAAGUGUCAAACCACUGACUUGAAAACUUGUGGGGAGCCUGUGGGGUCAGCGUUUACCAAGUUUGAAGAAUUCUCCCUCAGUGGCACAUUUGGAACGAGUUAUGUUUUCCCACAGAUUGUUCUAAGUGGGAGCCAACUUGCCCCUGAGAGAUAUUAUAAGGUUUCAAGAGAUGGUCGUCUAAGGAGCCAAAGUGGAGCCUCUCUGCCUGUUGUAGUUAUGGCCCUGUACGGAAGAGUGUUUGAGAAAGAUCCUCCACGCUUAGGGCAGGGGCCUGGGAAGUCACAGCGUUCUCCUUCACCUGUACACUUUCAGGAUUAAUCUGCCAAAAGCGAAGAGAAAGAAAAGAGAGCACUUAGCAUCUAUUUAGAAUAGAUGUCAUAAACUUAUUGAAACAACAAACAAAAAAUUUAAAAAGCAAUGGAUGUGAGUGCAAAUUUUACAUUUCACACAUUUGGUGUACAACAGACUCUUCUAUGGGAGCUGUAUUACUCUUCAAUGUAUGCGUGUUUAAGUGUGUAUAUGUAUCAUAAUGAAACAUACAUUUACAUGGAUGGGGACCUAGAAAAAUUCUUUUGCAUUAACUGCUCUAUUGUAUGCAAAUGUAGUUUCCAUAUCAUAGCAAAUAUUCCAGAGACUGAUUCAGGUGAACUCUGGUUAACUUUGAAAAUGAAGGCUAUUUGAUCCCAGUCAAUCAAGCCAUAGGAAAUUGUUAAAGAAAAGGGAAUCUGUUAAAUUAAUCACAAAUAACUUUUUAACUAAUUAAAAUUUUUCUGUUAUCUCUUUAUCAUAACCUAUUUGACUCUUCUGGACUAUU